AUGAAGAUAGUUCAGAAGAUGAAAAACCCACGAAUUCAGGAAAAACCACACCAAAUCCAAUCAAACGAAAAGCAGAAUCACCAUCAAUCUAAAGAGAAAAAAUCAAAUGCUCCAUUCAGAAGAAUCAAAGCUGAAGAAAUUCAACUUGAUCAAAGAGUAGCUGAUAAUAGUUUCUUAGCAAAGGGCGGAGCUCAAGGGUCUUAUGGCCAUAAGGCGCAUAUGGAUUUAAUCGUAACUCGUGGUAAAGCUUUUACAAAAGAAAAAAAUAAGAAAAAACGAGGUAGUUAUCGUGGUGGGAUCAUUGAUACGACUAGUCAUUCGAUCAAGUUUGAUUGA